AGAAUGAGAAAAUUGUUGCCACAUUUCAAAUUUCCUACCACGACAGUGAAAAUAGGAUUGUUAUUUUGUCUUCACGAUAAUUUAUCUUUAUCAUGUAUAAGAAAUAGACAAAAAUUGCGAUUUGGACCAAUAUAGCUUCAAAUAAAGACAUAAGUAUGACCCAUGUCUCGACCCACUUCACGUAUAUGGAGUUGGGAGGAGCAACCAUGUCGCGGCAUGUUUGUUGCUCUCGUCUAGGGAUGACAAUUUCGACCUGACCUGUUUUACCCAAUUUGUUUGGUCUAUUUUGGGGCGGGGCGGGCAUGUGUACUCUCAUCGACCCGACCUGUCCUGACCUGUCCCAUUCUCGACCCGUUCUUGAUUAAUUACAUGUAAUCUUAUUCAAAAUACUUGGAAUUUUCCUUUUAUUACAUCAUAUUUUAGUUAUAAUAAAGUUGUAAAUUAGUGACAGCCGCAAUUUCUCCAAUAAGUUAACUACAUUUAGGUUUGUUUAUUGGUCUUAUAAUGAAAAUAACGAAUAUUUCUAAUGUUUUCCAUAUAAAUUACAUACUCAUUGGGUCGACUUGCCCCAACCUGUACCCCAUGAUAAAUUACCCGACUUGCCAUGGGGUGAGUAUGGAUAGCGAGAUACCCGCCCCAGACAUGCCCUAUUGCUAUUCCUAGUCUCGACCUAGUGGCUACUUAUGUUGUUGGGAAGAACGAAAGGCUUACUGCAAACGAGUCCGAUCGCCUUUCCACUACGACGCUAUGAUCCCAAAGAGAAACAAAAAGCAGUGGGAACAACAUAUUGAGCUUGAGCCUAGCUUCACACUCGACUAGGGAUGGCAAUUACUCACCCAUGGGUAAUUAUACCCAAACCCAAGUAGACCCAUUGAUAAUGGGUUGGGUAUGGGUGAAGUGCAUAUGGGUUAGGGUGUUUGUAUAUGGGUUUGGGUAAGGUAUAGAUAUUGCUUCCAUAAUCUAAAUGGGUAUGGGUUGGAUAUGUAUAUCCAUUUACUUGAGGGUGUUUUAACUACACAUGCAAAAAUUGGACCUAUUUGCAAAACUUGAAAAGUUUAGGUACCAAAAUGUAAGACCAAAAAAGUAGGUACCAAAAUGUAAUUUUCCAUCGAUAUUUUGAGGACUUAUAUGCAAAAAAAAUUAAAUUUAGGUACUAAAUAUGCAUAUCUAUUAAGUUUAGGUACUAAAUUGUAAUUUGUAUUUGGGCAUGGGUACAAACCCAAAUCCAUUUGUUAUAAACCCAACCCAACCCAAAGUAAAUGGGUAUGGGUACAAACCCAUCAAAGUCUACCCAUAUCUAUCUAUUUGGAUUUCAUACCCAACCCAAUUGGGUUGGAUAGUAAAAAACUCAUGGGUAUGGGCAAAAUUGUCAUCCGUACACUCGACUAGCGUAUCAAGAAGAUUCUCCACCGACACUGAUUCGCCUCUUGCUCAAAUACUCGCAGAGAACUAGUUAGACUCGGGUUCCAUACCACGAAAACAAAAAAAAUAAAAAGAUCCAAGUCAGAGACAGAAGCGUAAAUCAAAGUAAGCUCAGCUUCCAAGAGCUUCAUGUCAUUGAUAUAGGUGGUUACAUCGCAGUUACCGUUCCUGGUUCGAGCCAAUAUGUCGUUAAGAUUUCUAAUACGAGACUGAGAACGACUAGUUAUCCGUAGUAGAACAGAUGUUAAAUUUACUUGGUUGGCAACCAAGAUCGUAAUUCCUUUAGGCCUCACACGUCUUCUAACUCAGUCAUUAAGAGACCUUUUUUUAGGUUUGUAAAACAAAUAUGGAGGUUGAGGUACUUCCGGGAUUGAAGUUCUUGUUCGAAUUUCUAAAGGAAAAGAAAGACAAAACUACACUACUAGACAAGGGAAAGCAGAAAAGGUGUUGCAUAGGGGUAAGCUCCUUGAUAACACUGAAUUUGCACAUGUUUUUACCCCUCAUUUCUUGGUUGUUUAGUUUGGUGUUUAUCAUACUUUGACAUAUUUUACGCUAGGUUGUGUUUCCUUUGUCACAUUUCAGGCCUUAGCACGUAAAGUGAACCAUAGGCGCAAGUUUCAAGUCAAUAGGAUAUCAAUUGGCGAUUCAUGUGAAGAAACUCGGGCAUGACCUGAGGAAGAGUGGAUUUCUAACUCAUUUUUUAUGGACAAAUAAUCCUGUAAGAUUUUCUUGAAAAGAAAGAGGAUGAGACUACGAGCGUCUGAGAUAUAAAGGAGACUAUUUCGGAGUUCAGACGAAGGAGAAACGAAGCAUCAAAGACAGUGGAACAAGAACUGAGAAUUACACGGUUUGGAAGCCAAAUUACCCGCUCGGGGAAUUUAACGAUUGGGUAGGGGAUUAUUCCAGAAGCAAAUCCCCGAGUUGGAAGCCAAAUUACCCGACCGGGGAUUCUUGAGGAGACCCAGGGAAAUUUCUAGGUGCGGGUAUAAAUGCGUUUUUGCGAGUUCUAAAAAGGAAGAGCUGGGUUUUGGACCCCAAACACCCAAAGGACAAACCAAAGAGCGAGAUGAGGAUUUGAGAGCUUUUUGAAGCCUUGAAAGCAGGCACGGCCAAGAGCCUGUACUGGCAGGCCCGCCAGCACAGGGCCUCCAAUAAUACAAGGGCCUCCAAUAGUUUGGGCCCUGGUGCCGCGGAAAAAGAAACGGAGGGAGAAAAGAAAACAACUGGACGAAAACCCAACCCAAACCCUCCAACUGUCAAAAUCACCAGAAGAAAGAGCAGGACGACGAUCGACGGCGAGGAGGAGAGGCGAAGCGUAGGGCUGUGAUCGGAGCUUCCAGCGGAACUUCUGGAAUUGGAUCCAGGGUCGGAGAAUGGAAAUUUGGCGGUAGAAGAGAAGGAAGUUCUCUCUAGGAUUAGGAGGAGUAGAAGAAUCGAGGAAGAAGAUUAAAGUGCGCAGGGGCAAGCCGGUAAGCAAUCUAGGUUUUCCAAGCGCCAUCAACUGUCUGUCUGUCUGUGACCGCCAAGGCAACGAAGAAGAGACGAUUCAAGCGCCGAUCAGGAAAAAAAGGUGUCUAUCUAUCUAUCUGGUCAAUAAUUUGCGGUUUCUUGAUCGUUCGUACGCGCUCCACGACGCCGAUUCCCUCUGUCAGAUCCAUUCCUCGUUUUAGUUUCAACCCGUAACUUCCCAAUCCAUUUGCUUGUUGUGUUGUGGAGUUCAAUUCGAAUCUCUCUAUUGCUUCCCGGCAAAUUUCAUGUUUCAUUUUUCAUCAAUGACAUGCGCUUUAUGAUUCUCCUCCCAUUUACUGUGUAAUUAACUGCUCGCAUCGCUACUACCUCUCUCUUUCCAUCAUCAGCACUAGGUUCCUGAGCUCCUCGCAAUUGCUGCUCUUACCCUAAGGUUUCAGUCAUUCGAAUGGCGGAGAAAGCUUGCGUCAAGCGGCUUCAGAAGGAAUACAGGGCACUCUGCAAGGUGUGUAUAUAUUCCUCAUGCCCUCUUCCUCAAUACGCACCUCACUUUUGAAAGCUGCCUUUACAUUGAACGAAUGUCCUUGUAAAGUUUCUGUCUUCCUAAAUCUAGUAUUUGGUAUGUGGUAGAGGCAUUAAAGUUGCCGGGUCUAGGUAUAGGUAUAAUGUUUUAGCAUCGUCCUUCCUGGCAGUUGUAAUAGUCUCUGGCAGUGGCUAACUAUGGUGGAAAAGGAAUCCUGUAGGCUUCACUUCUUACUUGACGUAUUUUGUUCUGUGAUGAACUUUCAGGAACCAGUCUCCAACGUGGUUGCCCGUCCUUCCCCAAAUAACAUUCUUGAAUGGCGUAAGUCAUUGUUCCCUACUAUAUACACUGGCACUGCACAGGCUUAAACUUGAAAUACCACCUGCUUUUCUUAUUGUUCCGCUCCUACAUGUCAAUGAUGCCUUGCCUAUCUGUAAGUCUUAUGUUGACAGAUUCAUGUUGUAGUAAGUAGAUGCUUGAAAUGAAAAUCUGAAGAAACUGGACAAGGUCUCCAUACAUUAUGCACUUGAAAUAAGGCGGCUAUCAAAAGAAAAAAAUUUCCUCCUUUUUCUUCAUUUCGUUUCUUUUGCUCUUCCAUGUGAUCUGGUAUUGUCUGGUCAAUCAUAUUGCCUUGCUAUGCUUAGAUCUGAUUAUUGUUUGUUUUCCUAUGUUGUGAUAUUCUAGAUUAUGUAUUGGAGGGAAGUGAAGGGACGCCUUUUGCAGGUAUGCAACUUGUCAUCAAUGCUCUACUCAAUGGAGAAUACUGGUUUUGCAGCUGGAAAUCAUUUUCUCUUGGGCAUUUUUUUCCAGUUGCAGUUCAUGAUAUUUAAUGUUUCAGUUGGAUUUUAUAAAUUCUUUUCAGGUGGAUAUUACUACGGAAAAAUCAAGUUUCCUCCUGAGUAUCCAUAUAAACCUCCUGGAAUUACGUAAACCUCAUUCUUCCUCGUCGAUGAAUUUAUUCGAGAUUUAAUUUAGUUUCAUGUUUCUCUUUCCAAUGAUGAGCUUCUUUAACUUUUAUUAUCCUUUUUAACUGUUCUUGGUAGCAUGAUCACUCCCAAUGGACGUUUCAUGACUCAGAAGAAAAUCUGCCUGUCAAUGAGUGACUGUAAGUUAGCAAUCAUUUUUCUAUUGGAAAUAAUUUCAUACUUUGUAGUAACUUUGCUUGUAUCCUUCAUGUUCCCCUGUUCAGUUCAUCCAGAAAGUUGGAAUCCAAUGUGGUCCGUAUCAAGGUAAAACUGAUUGGGUUGAGGUGUGCCCUUUAUUGGUUGCAGACAUUCCAUUGUUGUAUUUCUCUAGCUCCCAGGAGGUAGGGUGUAGCCAUUAUGGAAAACCGGUCUUUUUGAUCUUUUUAUAAUGUUCUUUUAUUAUUGUCAUUGGUGCAGCAUACUCACCGGGCUGCUUUCUUUCAUGGUGAGAACACUUCGCCUUUUUGAUCUUCCAGCUGGUUUCAACAUUCAUAUCCGAUCUUGCCUACUCCUGGGACUGAUUGUAGCAAUUGAAAUUGAAUCUAGGAGUUGUUAACUGUUUAGUGAAUAGCAUGCAUUAGAUUUUCCAAGAAUUCGUAUGCACUCUCAUCAUUCAGGAAUAGGGGUUUCAUACUUGGUAGUUUCAAGAAUGUCCAUGGUUUCUUUAAUUCGAAUGAAAACCUGUUGAUGUAGGGUUUAAAUUGCUUCCUUUGAACCUCACUUUGGUUCUAUUUUCUAUUUUACCCUUCUCAUGCAGAUGGACAACAGCCCCACGACAGGCAGUGUUAACAGUACCGUUGCUGAGAAGCAACGUCUGGCAGAGGCCUCUCUUGCUUUCAAUUGCAAGAAGUACGUCGAUCUUUUCACAUAAUCUUCCCCUCUCCUUUUCUGGAUGAAGUUUCUUUUCCAUUUCUUAGUGUGCGGUCGACAUUUAUGGUUAUCCCCUUUCUGCGUCCCUGUUUAACAUUCUGUGCCUAAGUGCACCUGCUUCUUCUAUCAAUUUUCUGAAUGGUCUACUGGCUGGCUCCAUUCAUGUUAAUUCUUUGGGGAUGGUGGCACUUGGUUUUGAAUAAUUGUGAAUUUUAAUGUUGAUGGUAGUCAUGAAGCAGCUGGUCUUUAUGGCAUGUGUGUUGUGAUUGUGACGAGUCUUUCCAAUUGAGUUUAUUGAUGAUUGUUUGCGCAUGACAUCUUCCUUUCUUCCUAGCAGCGCAACAUUUAGGAAGUUAUUUCCGGAGUAUGUUGAGAAGUACUACCUAGAGCAGCAGCAGCAGCAGCCUGGUGGGCAACCUGAUUCAGAUAUGGAACCGGAGAUUGCACAAGACGAGAACUCGAGGCCUAAGCCUGAAAAAGUGGACGGCCAUUUGGAAGAAGAUGCGAAAAGGGUAGAUGCAGCCAAGGAUGCAAGAAGAAACAAAAGAAAGCAGACAUUUCCUGCCUGGGUGGUGAUAUUGCUUGUUUCAAUCUUUGGGAUUGUAAUGGCACUGCCUCUGCUUCAGCUUUCACAUCCCUAGACUGGUGAAUGAAGUGGUAAAAAAACUGAAGCCAGGGUGUAACUAUAUCAAACCGCCAUGAAAUGCUAGCCGAGACUUUUUUAUUUUUUAUUUUUAUCUUCUCUUCUAAGGUUUCAUCUUUGUACCGGAAAAAAAAAGAGGAAAUAUAUAUCGCUUAAUGUGUAUAGAAGUUUGUCAUUCUGACCUGGGUGGUGUGGUGUCUACAGUCUCGAGUCUUGACUGAUUAUAGCAAUAGCACUAGUGUUUUUUUUUUAUGUUGGCAGGAUUUGUCCUUUCGAUCUAACUUGUGAGUAGGGGUGUCAAUUCGGGUUCGGUUUUUCGGGUUUACCUGAAACCGAUCCAAUUAUAUACAUUUUCGGUUUUCGGCUUCGGGUUUUCCGAUUUCGGGUUCGGUUUUGCUUAUUGGUUUUUCGGGUUCCGGCUAAAAACCUCCAAUGAAUAGAACUCAGCCCA